UCUCUCUCUCCAUGCUGUCGUCUUUGUCCCGCCGCUCGCACCCCGUGGUGCCCGCAAUAGCGCGCGCUAGCUCGUCCCUUAUGUCGGACGUGCACGGCACUACACACGGCAAGAAGCACUGGAAGAACAAGCCUCUAUUCCGUCGCGGCGGCGACAAGAAGUUCCGGAACGGCCAGGAGGCCGCAGACAUGCUGACGGACGAGGUGAUUCGUCGUGAUCCCAACCAGGCCGAGUACGUCCAAGCCGUGCAGAACUUCGUCAAUUCCGUCGUCCCGGUGUUCGACCGCUACCCGAAGUACGCGUGGGUCAUGAAGACCCUUAUGGAGCCUGAGCGUCUUAUCCAGUUCCGUGUCCCAUGGAUCGACGACGAAGGCAGCAGCCGCGUUAACCGUGGCUUCCGAGUGCAGUUCUCAAGUGCUCUGGGUCCGUACAUGGGCGGUCUACGUUUCCACCCGGAGACGACCCAUGGAACCGCCAAGUUCCUUGGCUUCGAGACCAUUUUCCGCAAUGCAUUGGCCGGUCCAUACGGCGGUGCCCACGGUGGAUCAGACUUUAACCCCAUGGACAAGAGCGAGUCGGAGAUCAUGCGCUUCUGUCAGAGUUACAUGACCGAACUGGUCAACUACAUUGGCCCCCACACUGACGUCCCCACCGCGGGUGUCGGCGUCGGUCCGCAGGAGAUCGGAUACAUGUUCGGACAGUACAAACGUAUGCGUCAGCUUCAUCCUGGAGGCACGGAAGGAAUUCUAAGUGGUGGGGCUUACCACUACCCACAAGUUACGGGUUACGGUGUUGCGCACUUUGCGAACCGUAUCCUGGAGACUCGUGGAGAGACUCUCAAGGGCAAACGUUGUCUCAUCUCCGGUAGUGGCACAGUAGCGCUUAAUGUUGCGCGAAAGUUGCUGGAUUUCGGAGCCAUCCCGAUCGGUAUGAGCGACAACUUUGGCUACGUCAUUGAAGACCAGGGCUUCUCGAGUAAGAGUCUGGAGGAGCUUAAGCGUAUCAAAGAAGAGCGUAACGCUCGUCUGGGCGCCUACAUCAUGUCGUCCACGACGGCAAACUACCAUCCGAGCGAGGAAGGUCGUCUGUGGGAGACGCCCUGUGAUUACGCCUUCCCGUGUGCCAUUCAGAACGACGUGGACGCCGAUGCCGUGCGUCUACUGGUCAAAAAUGGCUGCAAGGGAAUCUUUGAGGGUGCCAACUUUCCUUGCACGGAUGAGGCCAUCAGUCUCAUUAAGCAGCACGGUCUGGCUUUCGGUCCUAAUAAGGCGUCCAAUGGAGGCUCGUUCGCUCUGAUUACCAAGAAUCUGGGAUCAUCAACGCAGAUGUUAGACGACGAGGUGGAUGUGAUCGUGAAGGAAUACAUGGACAAGUUACACGACCGCGUGGCAGCUUCGGCCGAGGAGUUCAACGCUGGCGGUGACCUCCACGUUGGGGCGAACAUCACGGCGUUCAUGAGUGUCGCCGCUGCCAUGUUUCGCCAGGGAGUGGUGUAAAAGAACUGGAAGAAGAGAGAACCAGGACAGAAAAACACUGGCGCUGAAUAUUCAGCGUACAAGUGCGACGUACUCCCUCAAUACAACUGAGUUUUGCUUUC